UCUAUCUCUUCUCAGUUCUCGUCGCGGCGCUUUUAAAUAGUUAUACAUUUCCUUUCAUGGAUAUCAUCAUUUUGGUCAGUGUUACGCUUUCAGAAUUAUGAUUUUUUUUCUUUUCCACGAGGGACACGCUCCUGUGCUGAUCGACUGCCAUGUGAAUUAUGAAUUUACGUCAGAAAAAAAAGCCGAUUUUCUUCUGUGGAAUCAAAAGGUUUAUCUUGUAUCGGAAAUAUCUACCGCGACAAAUACACGCUCUUUCUGGCCGGUGAAAGCCUUUUGAUCGAAGUGGGAUUAGCGGUUGUUUGAAUUCAUCACAUCUAUGAUUUGUCAGGAGAAGGCAGUAACUCCGCUGUACCCCAGCAACUGGCCGCAAGACACGCUUGACCUCCGGGAAGGACAUUCUGACUUGUUCCGUAUCUCCUACACCAUGAGUCACUUACAGCUCACAGGCUGGUAUUGGGGAGCGCUCACAUCAAUUGAAGCACGGCAGAUUCUGAAUCAAACCACCGAAGGCACAUUUCUAGUCCGGGACAGCUCCAACCCAGAAUAUCUCCUAACGCUGUCUGUCAAAACAAGCUCAGGACCUGCACACCUUCGCAUCGAGUACAAUGAGGGCAAGUUUGGCUUUGAUUCGGUAGUUUUGGCGAAACCAAAGCUCAAGAAUUUUGAAGAUGUAGUUGAUCUCAUCCAGCAUUAUGUCUCGCUGUCUAAAAGUGCUCACACUGCACACGACCCGUCAAUUGCACCAGUGACUAAAGACACAGUCAUUCAUCUGAAACUGACCAAACCUCUUUAUGUUGCAACUCCCUCAUUGCAACAUCUUUGUAGGAUUAUAAUCAAUAAAAGUACUAAGACAAUCCAAGAACUUCCUUUGCCCACUAGAUUAAAGGAAUAUUUAUUAGAAUAUCCUUUCCACUUAUAAACAAGUGGUAACCAUUCCAAGGAUGUGAAUGAGUACACAACUCAAAUAAAUGGCUGAAGGCCUCAUUAUGGGAACAUAUUCAACUGUUUUAUGUUAAGUACUGAAGCAGAAUGCAACACCCUGUGGAUGAUGAGUUUAAACUAACCAACACUUUUUUAUUUGGAACAAAUUAAUCAAAACCACUUCUACAGUUUCUUAUUUAAUGCUAAUUUGUUCUUCAAAGGUUUUGGCACCCAUUUGCUUUUUCAUUCUGUAUUUCUGUUGACAGUUAUACAUUGCAAGUACCUUGAACUCCUGGGAUGCAUUAUAUAAGGAAUAGAUUGGUUCAGAGAGGAUAAGGAUAGAUAAAGCAAUAUAGUGCCAGGAAGUACUAUAGUGUGAUGGCGUUGAACGGAGGGUGCGCCUUCAUUUUUAGUUCAACUGUUUUUCUGGGAACUGCACGACGUGAUGUUGAGAUUUUGGAAUUCCUGGUGCUCCCUGUGAUGAGAUGGAUAAACCCCAACAUGGGUAAACUCUGUACAUUCACCUUGAUACAAGUUGCCUGUGUUUAUUUUUAAGUAGUAAAGCAAACUGGUCUCUUCCUGUGAAAGACAGUUAAUGAUCUGCUCUUGGGACGCUGGUGGAAGUUGCUGGAAGAAAUAAGCAUUGUUCUGUUUUGCUUCCUCUUGAGAAUUUAGGUAACCUGUACCAGGAGCAUACCUGACACAAACACGAGCUUUAGGAAAGGGAUUACAUAGUAAGCCAAUCAGCAGAAAUGUCGAGGAAAGGCCACGUAAUGUCAUUUAAUAUCAAAAACAAGAUAGUUUAUCUGUUUUUAAUAUGUUUAACUAUUGAUGACAAUCUUUAAACAAUGAACCAAAAGAAUUGAAUACAAAAGAUACUUGUUUUUAAAUUUGUCCAGGAAGCAAAAAUAAAAUGUGCAGUCCGGAUAAUCCUUAAAAAUAUUGCAUUACCUUGUGCAACUGGAGUGAUACCCUUGUUGCACUGUUUCUGUCUACGACAAAAGCAGCUGAUUAAUUGACUUGCUGAUGCCUAAGAAUCCUUGGAACAAGAAAAGGCCCCGAACCUGUAAAACUUGUUUUGUCUUUUGAAUGUGUGCUAUUGAUAGUCGCAGUAUGCCAUGACCCACUUUAGGAUCUGUUGUCCCAUCUGUCACUGACUUGGUCAAAGCGUAAUCUUCCAUAAGUACUCAACACCUACCUCAGAUGGGAUUUGCAGUAGGAUAUGUACCAUCAGUGCUAGGCAUCACCUUACGCAAAAUACUGAAUCAGUGCAAGAGAUUCCCUUCUGAGAGCAAAAUGUCGGAAAUUUGUCUUGCAUGUACACAGUGUAACAAGAGGAUUAAACUGAAUCAGGCCCAUUGUUGUUGAGGUUCCCUCAUGCCUACACAGAGCUAGGCUGGAAGCAGAGGACAAACUUCAAGCAUCCUUGCCCAUUAAUCCAACAGUGAAGUCUCAGUAAUGACUGCCCCCAAAAAGUGCCACUAGUUUUUCAGUUGGCAAUGUAAAAGCCAUUCAUAAAAUUCAUAAGUCAGUUGAAGUUUUUUAAUACCUCAGUUCAAAUGUAUUUAAAAAUUACUAACAUUAAAGCAAUAUUAUAAAAUGGACUUAAUGAAAACACAGUCACUCGAAAAACUAACUAAAAAUUAAACUCCCUAAAGCAAAAUAUGUUUAAUCUUCCUUCUUUUUUCACUCCUGAGCAACAGGCAUGGAGUGCCAAAGAAAAUCAAUUGGGUUUUGGAUCUGCCCAACGAUUUCUUUAUGUGCAGUCUCUCAAUAGAAGGUAUUGUCAGAUGCGGUGCUGUUUUUUUAGUAAAUCUCGAAAUUCCCAGCCUUUCAAACGACUGAGUAUUAUUGGAUCCAUUAAGAACUGCUGACAAAACUCGGCAAGCUGUUGCCCAAUAUGACAUCCAUCCCCUUAUUAUGUUAUUUAUCCCAUUUAUGUGCCAGGGAUAUUCUACUUACAGAACAGGGAUUUUGGUUUGUCUUGGUUCUACCAUUGCAAGUUUUUUUUAAAUUAAUUUUUUAUGUGUUUCUAUAAUAGAGCUACAGAAAAAAAACCAUCAACAAAAUGGAGAUUUAUACAGUGCAAAACAAACAAGUCCAAUAUAUAAAAUAAUAUCAUGUAAGAUUAGUAUCCACCCCAACCUCCCACUGAAAAAAAAACCAGGCCAACCAUUUCUGUGUAUUAAAGAAAAAAAAUUAAUCGGAGCAUUCAACCCCACAGAGCUGUAAAUAUAUAUAAGAAAAAAGAAAGUAUAAUGCCGACUACUGAAACUAUAAUGUAAUUCACAACAAAAAAACAUAAAACUUACAGGAAAAAAAAGCUGAAAGUAAGGGAUUGUAGCAUACAAAAAAAAAGGAUAAACUUAACCUAAAGAGGAGUUAUGAAAAUAUUCAAGAAAAGGUCCCCACACCUUCUGAAACUUCGUCUGAAUUACAAGGUUGAAGGCUUCAUAAGUGCAAAUUCUAACCCAAUAAAUUGAAUGGUAGUGAAAAGGCAGUAUGGGCAGGAUUGGACAAUUCCUUUGUCACUUGGGUCUGCUGACCAUGUUCCUGUUUGUUACUGAAAAUGAAAUUAAACAUAUAACUUGCAUAAAGCUAAAAUCCACUCCCUGAAUUACCGUACAAACAAAGCUAUACUGAUUCAAUUACAAAUUGUAGACUGGGUAAAUUUGCAUUGGUUGCUUUGAGUCCUGACCAAUGUUUCCUGCAACUCUUCCUGCCUCCACCCACACAAUUCAAUUGGUUGCAAAGUUCUUGAGGCAAUAGUUGCUCUAAAAAUAAGGGCGUGUUUUACUGUAUAUUUUGGCACUGAAUUGUCCAGAUUUUGCUGUUUGGACCAUGUACGCUCAUCCCUUAACCACCAAAUACCUGGCACUUAGCCUUGGAUGUGCCUGGAAAAAAUUUGUUUUGAGACCUUCGUACACUUAGUUGGCAUGUCACUGCAUGCUACCAGUAACCUGGUCAUGUGGCUGAGCUAGAACAAGUCCCACCAAACCUCUGGAGAAACUGUUUAGCAGACUGCAAGGCCACACACCAGUUUUGCUCGCUGUCAAGGCUGUCAAGCUUUUUAAAUGAUCCGAAUUUAAAACAUUACAGAAAGUUGCAUAAUUUAAUUAAAUAACAAUUUACUUUAGCUUUAUUCUUUCUUUUGCUUAUGGCCCAUAUAAUCUCUGUGGAGUUGUAUAUUCUGUGCUCGAUCAGGAUUUAUGAGCAGAUUUCCCCAUCUAAAAUCCUGGACAAUUUCAACAAAUUGGUGCCCCAUUUCAGGACUCUGACAAAAACAAAGUGAUAGACUCCCUGGCAGGAAAUGUUGACAAAACCCAGCAAAAAAAAAUGUGUUCAUGAAGAACAAUAAUUGAUGGGGUGGAAAUGACAAUGUGAUAACACAUUUCCUGCAAUUAACUCUCAAUUGUUACAAAUUGGAAGAUCUCCACUUAGAUUUACCCCACUCUUUGGCCAUUUCUAAAAUUAAUUUGCAUCUAAAGCAGCCUCUGAUCAGAUAUUAAACUGCAUGAUGGGAAAUUUAACAAAUAUGCUUCGUUCUCGGUUUUUAAGGAUUAAUGAUGUGUGAUUCCAAUACCUGCUUAAAUAUUUUUACAACAAAUUCAAAGAAAAUGUCACCAGAUACCAAAUCUUUUUCACCUCCAGCUCCCCAGCUAUUUGCUUUUCGAACCAAGUGUUUUUCCCUUUCCAUCAUUACACGCAUUCAAGUUUAGUCUGCAUGGCUGGAAUUGGUAUACUAAUUACUUAGCGUUGCAUAGGUAACCUAUUAAUUUUAUCAUGUGUUGGACGUAUUUAUCAUGGACCAUAAACCUAUUUUUUCAUAUUUAUUUCAAGUUUUCCAAAAAAUGAAGAAUUGUCUUUAAGGGCCAAAAUUUGGAGAAAAAUGUUCCACGUUUAUCUUGGGAUUUUGGGAUUUAACAUAUUUAAGGACCAUCACUCUCAGUCAUUUAAAAAAAAAGAUGGCCUAAUGGAUCCUUUUUUUUAAUGACUGAGAGUGCUGAUCCUUAACUAUUUUUCUUAUAAAUAAAGAGGAGCAAGGCAUCGUCAUUUUUGCAGUUGUGGGUAGAGAACAAUAAAACUCUUUGUUACUUCACAUGGUGAUGAUCAAACUAGCUGAGCCAAAGCUUCCUUUCAAAUCCGCCUUCAGCUGUGGUGUUAAAACCAGCCAUUGCUGUAUAGAUUAAAUACAUUUAAUACCUACAUGUGCUUUGAAUUUGGAUUUUUACCUUUCCUCCAGUAAAUAUUUUAACAUGGUCACCAAAAGUUGAAAAGCUUAAAGUAUUUUUUAAAGAGGGACGACACAAGUUAUUGGAAUGGCAGAUCAGCAAUAGUAAUAGGUGGAUUUAUUUUGUACCUUCCUAGUUUUCUUCACAAAGUAUCUCUGUUGAUAGGAUAGUUAUAAAGGUGCAUUCUGAUUUAACAGGCUGCCUUCUUUUAGUUGUACAGCAGAUUCUGGUUCAUUAGCACACCUCAGGAUCUGUACAUUCUGGCCCAAUUAAGUGGCUGUCCUAAUUAGCUGAUAUUUCAUAGAAAUUGUUAAAAAGUUAUUUAAAAACAGACAAACUACUGUUUAACUGAGUAGCAAAUUAUGUAUUUAAAUGAAAUAGAGCAAAUUAGAACACUACCAAUAAUACUACAGUGCUAUAAAACUUCACUAGUUCCCAAUAGUUAUCGAUGGAGGAGAUUAUUCAGUAAGCACUUUAUUUUGAUUGACUGUAAAUGAAGAAAAUCAGUGCAGAACUUAGUGAAGAUAUAGGACUGCUUCAUACAAUGCGAUCAAUGAUUGCACCCUCCAAAUCUUCAUUUUCAUUGUAACAUUCGAGAUGUUUGUCAAUACCCUCAAAUUCUUUGUAGUUCCUAACUUGUUGAAGUCAUGAAAUAAUUUCAUUUUUACUCCCGGCUAUUUCUGACAUUUCCAAGCCUGGAUGCUUGAAACUGCUGUGAGCAGAGCAGUUCUGAAUUGUCUUACUGCUUAUUUUUCCUAUUUAUCAGUGACAAACAUCACUGCAUUUUUAACACAAACACAUGCAGCUUAUGCUAUUUAAUAACUGCUCGUUCAAAGCAUGACAUAGAAUCUAUUGGCCAUACAAAUGCACACAUCUGCCACUAGUUAGAAACCAUUUGCCGGCAGUCUCCUGCCACAAUUAAGCAACAUAGUGUCCCAAAUAAUGAAGGGAAUCCUGGCUAUUUUCUCUUAGUUUUUGCUCUUUAAGAGUUGUCCCAAGUAAGUGGUUACCCAAUUAACUGGAAUGCCACUGUAUUUGUUGUCACUCUGCAUAUCUUAAUUCUGCAUUUCCACCCAUAAUGGAUUGGACUUCUGAAAGUAGAUCCCAGGAGAGCAUAAAGUGGGUAUGGUCUUUACUUAAUGGAAUUAAAAUGUGUGGCUAAUUACACUAAGGACAGUGAAUAUUUGGUAUAGCAAAAGAUCCCACCCAAAUUAGCUCAUUGUACAUGUCGGAAAUUGUGCUGCGAUAUCAAUCAUAUAAUUUUUUUGGAACAAUGAGUGAACCUGAUAUUUCCAAUAAAUAGAAAAAUCAGAAAAUUGUGAUGAGAGCAGGAUUGACAACAUACUAAAAUGUAGAAAUAAAUAACAAUUUAAAAUAAUUGAAUUAAAUGAUCUGUUACAUAAAACUGUUCGUUAAAUACUUUAAUUGAAAGUUGAAUAAUUAUCAUGUUUUAUUUUGGAAAGUGACAUCAUUGGACACAAUUGAUUUUUUUUUUCUUUCUAAACUAUCCAUGCAUCUUAAUCUUGGAGAGUGACUUCUGCAAAAACCCCAACAUCAUCAGGUCGCUGAGAAAUCUGCGUUGAAACUAAAAUAAUUUAGCUUUGAUUAAAUGUUCUAAAAUUAAGCAGUCCUUUUCAAAACCUAGAGCAUCUAAUACAAAAGUUUCUUAGUUAACUGAUUUGUGUUAAUAUCCACAUAAUAUCAAAAUGAAGGUGGAAGAUCAGAGGUUAAUGUUCAUCAGGAAUUACCUGUUUAAAAUAAGGAAGAUGUAAAGCCAUAAGGAGUCAAAUCAUGUGGGGGCUCAGGGUACUCCCAUGUCUUGUGCGAUUUUUAGUUAUAAGGUUACAUUGUGCCUAUAUACAGUUUGUGUGACCCAUUGCAUGAGUAGAAAAACUCAGAGGUUAUUAUUUGAGCAGAUGGUGUGAUUGGGAUGGUAAGGGUGGGAUGAGGAAAUAAACUGUAGUGCUUUACAUGAGGAAAUCCAUAAUAUGCAUAUACUGCAUAUGCCCCUCCUGAAUAUUUGUUUCAAGAAACCUUAUUAAAUAUUCAGUUAUCAUACUUGUUGGCUAAACUACAAAAUACUAGUGUAAACCAAUUGAGACUGUCAAGAAAGAAGUCGGUUAGCUGGUAUUGCUUAUGUACAUGCACAUACACAUCCGCACCAUCCCUAACCCUUGAGUUUAACUUCCUGAUUAAAAUAGGACAGACACCCGAUAGAGGAAUCAAGGCAGUGUCCUUUGUACUGUUAAAAUGGCAGCCAGCUUUUCAUUUAACUUGAAAGAUAAGGAGGGUUAUUUGAGAUUUAUUCUAUAUAAUUAUGAAUAAGUUGUAUUGGUUCUGUGAAAGAAAAUGUUAUAACUUUAUUUUAACACCCUCCAUCUGUGUCUAAAUGUUAUGGACAUUUGGGCAGCAAUUCUGCUCAAUUACCAGUGGCCAAAUCCAAAUUCACCAAAGUAUCGUCUCUGUCUCAGUACUUGGAAAUAAUCCAUCACUCCACACUAAUGAUAGAGGUGCAAAUUUGCGAAAACAUGUAUCUUCACACUUUGCUACUGUUUGGAUGUUUUAAUUGUACCACAUAAUUGUACCCCAAAAUGGGAAGUAUUCAUAUGUAUUAAAAAGAAGCAAGUCCAGGUUUGAUUGGUUAUGUAGAAAAAUAGCCAGUUAUUAUUAUCCUCUACAGUGGUGAAAGAAUAUAAAACGUAUAGGAAAAUAGGUGCAGUAUGGGUCUUGUCGCCCUUUGAGAUUGCUCACUAUGUAUUCAAUAGCAUAUUGACUAAUCUUAGCUUGGAGAUUUCCAGCCUAUUUCCCAGAACCCUCGAAUGCAUCAGAGACCAAACGACUGUCUGGCUUGGUUUUAAGUACGUCCAGUGAUUCAGCCUCCUCAGUUCUCGAGUAGAGAAUUCCAAAGAUUCAUGAUCCUCCAAGGGAAGAAAUUCCUUUUCAUCUCUAUCAUAACUGAGCAAUGCUGCAUCUAAUCUAGUCAAACUUCAUAAGGGGAAAGUUAUGAGGAAUAAUCUGUUUAGUAACCUAAUUUUUAAAAUUAUUAUUAUGUAUUGUAUCUGUGGUUAGAUGGGUGAGAAAGAGGUUGGUGGCGAGAGGUUGUGAAGUUCUGUUUGUAUGUGACCUUUUCGUUCUAGGGUGGUAGAGGUUCAGUCUGCUAAAGGUGUCUGUAGAAUUUGUGAAGUUUCAAAUGAGUGAUAUAACUUGUAUACUGUAAGUUUUGGAAUUAGUAUUUAAUUUCUGUCAGAGAAAUCUCCUGUGCUUCUCAUGUUUUAUGUUUGAAUUCACCUGUGAUGCAGGAAUUUUACAGCCUUUGAUGCCGUGCAUCUGUCAAUUACACACUGUGUGAGCUGCAAGUCAGUGAGGACAUUACACAAGAAACUGCUUUUUUUAUAUUCUUAAAAAGUUUUUUUUAAAAAAAGCAGCAUAUAUUUCUGUAAUGAAAUCAACAGAGACAAAAAUAAUAGCUUAGCUGACUUGGCUGAGGUGCUUAUAGUUCCUUAUUGUGCAUUUGUUCAAAAUAUUCUGGAGCAUGUGUAAUGAUUUAGAUUAAUGAGUAUCACUUUGUAUUCCUAAAUAUUUGUAAAACUGAACUGUUAUUAAUAAUCAUCAAAUUUAACGCGAGUUAAGCUUUGCAAAUAGCUUUGCUACAACUAUUCACAGUGCACCUGGCUUCCAUUUUACUGACUUCCGGUAAUGUGAACUGUGGAAUUUUUUGAAUGAAUCUAUCCCAUAUAAAUCUUGUAACUAAAUUUUCUCCGGUAUAGAAGGUCUUGUUCAUGUGAACAGAUCUAUUUUCUCAGGAGGAGUUUAAGUACUCCAAUGUGCUGCUUUAUCUCAGUGUGAUUUAAGCAGCUGAUUUAUCAUCUGCUGGGAAAUAGCCAAGUUAUGAAAAUGGUGCACACACAAAAGUCUGUCUUUUGUGUUAAUAUUUAACAACUUAUUGGUGCUGAACCAUUUUAGUAAUUAACAUGUCAUUCUUUCUUGGUAAUAAACUGCCAAAUAUGCUCAAUUCCAUUUUCCAGCUGCAAAGCUGUCAUUAAAUUUAUAAUGGUGACUAUUCAACCAUUACUAAUUUCUUUUCUCUGACAUAAUAUAUCUAAAAUGUAUUUGGAAAAAGUAUUUUGAAUGGUAGUUUCCAAAAAUCACUAUAGAAUAAUAUGCCUUGUUUUGGGAAUGGCUGCACCAUUAAAGAGGCAGCAUGUAAGUAUAUGUCAAACCAUUCUUCUCUAUAGGAAGAAUUAAAUCAGUUUAUUACCAUGAUAAAUGAUUUGUUAACCAAAUAAAGUAAUUCAAUUAUUGUUUUGCAGUUUUUUUAAAUAAAACAUUGAUUUUUAGAAGAAAUGAUUGCUAACCACGUUUUGAAAGGGUUCCACUUUAAAUUCCUGGAGUCUAGUAAUUACUACAUCAAUAGCAAUUUUAUUCUCCUCCUCCAAUUAGUGUUGGUGCAUCCAUUUCUGAGAAAUGAAGGUCUGCAUAUAUGUGCAAAUAAUUUUUGGAUUCUUUUUAUUAGCAGUAUGUCUGAUUAUAAAGCACAAGGUAAAAUAUAUAGGAUUCUGUUUACAAGAUACAGGAAUAUAUGUAGUUCUUUAUUUUAUAUUUUUAUAUUGUUUCUGAAAUAAUGAUUAUAUUGAUAAAUUUGGAAUAUUUGCUCAAUGACUGACAGAGUGGUAUCUCUGGCUUUUACUUUACAUCGGAAUCUCAUAUACAGCAGAGAUUGGGUAAAGUCACAAGAUAACUGAGUGGUUGUUAGCUGAGAGGAGUCAGCUGGUCUGGCCAACAGAUCUGUGUUGUGAUGUUGGGGAAAACUGAUCUUCUCAUCUCCAGCAGAAAAUGUGCUGGAGGAAGAGUAUCACCAGUUAAUGUAUUGUCUCUGUGGAGAUACAAGGGAAGUAAAAUGUUGGACGUAUUCAAGGUCUAGGCUUUUAGCUGGCGCAUAAUUGUUUGGGAUAUGAAAUGAGAAAAAAUAAAAUAACUAAAAUAAUCAUAUAUGGCAGUCUGCACUUUAUAUAGUCUCCAUGGAUACUAGAUUAUCAUAAAUAUACUCUUUACACUGUUUUGCUGAAUAUUAUGACACUUUUUGAAGGUUAUCUUUCCUCAGUCCAGUAUUAACAUUGGAAUUUACCAUCAGGUAAACACUGGACUGUUCAAACCUUAUGCUUUUAGAUGAAAGAAAAACCCAUAAAUAUACAGAAUAUAAAGUGAUUGAGACUAGCACAGUUCUUGUGUUACUGUUAAUAGAUUCUGUAUGCAAGUCUGUAUAUAUAUAUAUAAAUAAGCUUUGUCAGUUGACCUGAAAUUGAACUUUGAUAGGCCUGUAGACAUUGAUAUUCUGUAUUAUAUUUAAGUGACAGUACUGUUUGUUACAUUCCUGGAACUGCAGGCACUGUAAAAUAUAUUCUCUGGUGUUUACACCACGUCUUUGGAAUUUGUGAAACUUGUUUUCAUUCACACGCAAAUAAAGUACUGCUGAAUCUUUU